AUGUGUAUAUGUGGUGGUGGCGAUAGAUCAAGGAUGUAGAGCCCCAGUGGUGUUUGUUUUAAAUGAGAGUGUCCUCACAAGCAACUUAAAAGGCUGAGCUGCCAGAGACUGUUGGCCCUGCAGGAAAAGUAUUUCACAAUUAUGGACUUUUGUGCUUUUUGUGCUUUUUCUAUCACAUGACCCUCACUGGACUGGAGAGAGCGCUUGAUCUUUUUUAUUGGCAAUUAUAGGUGUCCAAAGGCACACUGGGAUGAAAUAAAGAGAGAAUAAUCAGCCAGAGGGAGGAAUACAGUAAAGCUUACGGACAGAAAGGAAGACAGGCUCAAACUGGAGGGCAGGAAACACAGAAGGUUGUAAGACACUGUUGAUACCAACAGAGCACAGUGAGUACGAUGUUGGCACAGAUGGAGGCCAAAAAGCCAAUAAGCAUCAGGAGAUCACUAUGACUCCUCAAACACCCAUUGCCCCACUUCAAUCCCUGGGAGCCUGAUUAGACAUAAAACAGUCCACAACAUGGUAGCUGUUAAUUCGCUAUUUUUAAUCAUCUGCUGUAUGCCUGAGGGAAAAUUCUGAGUAAAAGGAGAUUGUAGAGCAGAGCCAUUUGACCAGAAUUUAGCCUUGUCACAUUUAGUGUUCCCAAAACAUAGAACGUAUACUGAAAGUUUAGUCAAGUGGAUACUCUCUUUAUGUGUCUCACGGCGUCACAUAUACACACAAAUACUAAAAUCUACACACAUACAUCUAUAUAGUCAGUAGCAGAAUUAUUCAAAGCGUUUACCUAGCAGCAUUACAGACCGCAUUACGGGAUUACAGCAUUACAUCAGGUGAAUGCAGUGGAGUAAAAGGUAUAUUAUUUUCCUCUAAAAUGUUGUGGAGUAGAUGCAUAAAGUGACAUACAAAGGAAAUACGGAAGUUCAGAACAAUUACCUUCAAAAUGUACAUGAGUAUGGUAUAGUACUUGAGUAAAUGUAUUUAGUUGUGCUCCGCCACUGCCUCUUACACACUUCCACAUUUUCUCAAUACCUUUGCCACAUAUAUACACAAAAUACUGCUGCUGUGUUCGAGGAUGGGCCUGUUCCCUCCAGGUCUCGUCUCCUCUGUGAACUCCUACAGGUUGGUACAGGUAAUUUUCUCUCUCCUCCAUGUCGGCAGUGUCCUUGUUAACACUUUCACUUUCUCUCUCUUAUACUGUACCUCCUCUGGUCCCUGAAGGCUUUAGAAUCUCGUCUCCGGAGCAGCAAUCGUUCUCCUUGAAAUCAAAAUGUGUCUCUGCUGGUUGAUUUAUCGAGUACACAAACUCCUAUAUAAAACACCUACGAGGCAGAGAGAGGAGAAAGCCAAAGUUUGUGAUAUUCUGCAGCCUGGCAGCCAUUAUGAGCCUCAUCAAAACCAAAGGUGCCCUGGGAAUCAGAGGCCACAUCAUGCUCUAUGUUCUCAUUGGCCUGUUGGUUUCUGAAAGCUUCUCGCACGCUGCACACAACCCAGAGGAAGAUGCGACCUAUCUAAAGCUGAGACUAAACUCUUUGAAGGAACGCUAUAAACACCUGUGUAACCAGUACUCCGACCUGGCAGCCAACUGUUCAGCUCCAGGACACUCAGUGCUCAACUGCAGCGAGUGUCCUGACGGGUGGUUUCAGGUAGAGGAUCAGUGCUUCCUCCUCAUCACUGACAGGCAGGACUGGCUUACUAGUCAAAUUAAUUGUAGAGUGAGAGGUGGACAUCUUGCCAUCUUGACCACCAGAGAACAGCACGAAGCCGUGGAAAAAGAAGGCAAAAGGAUUGGAGGGAUUUACACAUACUACUGGAUUGGACUGACGGACUUUGAGAAUGAAGGAGAAUGGAAAUGGGUGAACAACUCAACACUUCAAACCUCUCUAUAUUGGAGCGUGGUGAACUCAGAGCCAGACAACAACCUGUCCGGUGGGGAGGAGGGAGAGGACUGUGCAGUGGUUAACAGCUACUCUCAGACCUGGAAUGAUGUUCCCUGUUCCUUCCUGUAUCCACGAAUCUGUCAGAAGGAAGCUACUCCGCUCCACUGAGUGCCCCCCCUCACACAAACACACAUAACUGCAGCACCACCACACAUUUAUGAGAGAUAGUGAUGCUUUAUUGAAAAUCUUCAUGGUAAAUUUA